AUGGCUGGAGGUAAGAGCAGUACAUUGAAGAAAACUGCUAGGCAUAACUACAACAUCCCCGAAACUGAAAAUAGCGCCUCUGCCAUUGUUCCUCUAAAUGUAGAUCCCAUCUCUAUGGUUCCUGAAGAACUAGCUAUUGUAGUUGAUGCACCACUUGUGUCAUCUUACAAUGAUCGAAUACGCCCAUUGCUUGAUGCAAUUGACAAGCUUCGACAACUUAAGGUCAUGCAAGAAGGUAUACAGCUUCCAACAAUUGUCGUAGUUGGUGACCAAUCGUCUGGGAAGUCUAGUGUUCUUGAAUCACUUGCUGGCAUCAGCCUCCCCCGAGGCCAAGGCAUUUGCACUAGGGUGCCACUCAUAAUGAGGCUUCAGCAUCAUUCAAAUCCUCUUCCGGAGCUUCACUUGCAGUUUCAUGGCAGAACGGUGCAAACAGAUGAAAAUCAUAUAUGUGAUGCCAUUAAUAAAGCAACUGAUGAGAUUGCAGGCAGUGGCAAAGGCAUAUCCCAUACCCCAUUAACACUGGUAGUGAAGAAAAAUGGUGUACCUGAUCUUACAAUGGUUGAUUUGCCUGGACUCACUAGGGUGCCUGUUCAUGGGCAGCCCGAAGAUAUAUAUGAGCAGAUAUCAGCUAUGAUCACAGAAUACAUAAAACCAGAGGAGAGCAUUAUCUUGAAUGUUUUGUCUGCAACUGUUGAUUUUACAACUUGUGAAUCCAUUAGGAUGUCACAGCGUGUGGACAAGACCGGCCUGAGAACUCUGGCAGUUGUUACCAAAGCUGACAAAGCUCCUGAGGGACUCCUAGAGAAAGUUAUGGCAGAUGAUGUGAAUAUCGGGCUUGGCUAUGUAAGCGUUAGGAAUCGAAUAGGUGAUGAAUCAUAUGAUGAAGCUCGAAAUGAAGAAGCCAGAUUAUUCCAAACCCAUCCACUUCUCUCAAAAAUAGACAAGUCUAUGGUCGGUAUUCCAGUUCUGGCCCAAAAGCUGGUCCAAAUUCAAGCUGCCAUAAUAGCAAAAUGCUUGCCUGAUAUAGUCAGGAAGAUCAAUGACAAGCUGAAUGAAAACAUGUCUGAACUCAACAAGAUGCCCCCAAAAUUUUCUUCUGUUGCAGAAGCAAUGAAAGCAUUCAUGUGGAUUAUUGGAUCUUCCAAGGAGUCCCUUAGGAAAAUCCUUUUGAGAGGUGAAUUUGAGGAAUAUCCAGAUGACAAACACAUGCAUGGCACUGCUCGUCUGGCAGAAAUGCUCAGCCAGUAUGCUGAAGAACUCCGGAAAAGUGCAGAAAGUAAUUACAGUGAGAACUUUCUAAUGGAGGAGAUAAAAGUUCUAGAAGAAACCAAAGGCAUUGGGCUGCCAAAUUUCCUUCCUCGCACAGCUUUUCUCAUUAUCCUUCAGAGAAAAGUAAAUGAGAUAUCAGGUUCUCCAUUACAGUUUGUUUCGAAAGUAUGGGACUACAUUGAGACGGUUGUUCUUAAGGUAUUGAUGCAGCAUACUGAAAAUUACCAAGCACUCGAGUCUUCUACAAGAAGGGCAGCCCAGAACAUUUUUGUAAGGAUGAAGGAAAAGUCAUUGAAUCGAGUUUUGGAGAUAAUAGAGAUGGAGAAGAUUAGCGAUUAUACCAGUGAUCCUGAGUACAUGACAGCAUGGAGUAAGCUGAUGGCUAACAAUAAUGCCUUCCUUGAGGUUAUGAAUGAUCACUCGAAGCCCACUAAGAUUAUGAUUGAAUGUUUUGGGGAUAUUGAAUUGGGGCAUUUGCGGCUUUUUCCUAGUCAGAGAGAGCAAGCAUUUGACAUGAAAAUGAGAAUCACUGCAUAUUGGAAGAUUGUUCUCAAAAGACUUGUUGAUUGCAUGGCUCUUCACAUGCUGUUAAGUGUUAAGAGUCUGGUUAACAGGGACAUGGAAAUGGAGAUUGUGAAUGUACACAUGGAUCCUGAAGGUGGUGGAAUAGAACGAAUGCUAGAAGAGGUGCCCUCAGUUGCUAUAAAGCGUGAGAGAUUGAACAAAAGUAUCAAGCUGCUGAAGGAUUCUAAGGAAGUUGUUGCGAAGGUCAUGGACAGAAUUGCUAUUACUGGUGAUUAA